AUGGUAAAAUUAAGCAAACUAGGAUUCUGGGUAUAGUUAUUAGGAGUAGCAACUUGCUAAUUCAAUAAUUACCCUUUUAGAGUGUCAUCUAUUGAUCCAAGCUCCUAUGCGAAUGUAGAAGUUAUUCAAACUACUAAUUUUGAUCUUGACAUAACUGUUGAUUUCAACCAAAAAUCGGUAUAUGGUACUAAUCUCUUGAGUAUGAAAGCUUUAAGAGAUACAUCUGAAAUCAUAUUAGAUACUCAAGGUAUAAUUAUCAAAGAUGCUUGGUAUUCCUUUACAAAUGAUGAAAAAGCUGUCUAUGUGCCAGCAAAUUAUGAAACUUACAUCGAUAAGCAACUCGGAACUGCUCUUAGAAUUUAUCUAACCGAUAAAAUUUUCUUAGGAGACCUCAUCUUUGUUAAAAUAUCCUAUUAAACUACCACUGAUUCUACUGCUAUCAACUGGCUAACCAAGGAGUAGACUGCUAGCAAGACAUUAGCUUACAUGUUUACUGAGUGUCAACCAAUUAAUUGCAGAUCAUUUGCUCCACUAUAGGAUACGCCAUCAGUAAGAGCUACUUACACCUCAAAGGUUACAGUAGACUAGCCAUACGUAGUGAACAUGAGUGCUAAUUUCACUUAAAUGAAGGUAGUCAACACAAACUAGUUUUAAUACUCAUUCGCCCAGCCUAUUCCCAUUCCAUCAUAUCUUUUGGCUAUCUCAAUUGGAAAUCUUAUAUCUAAAAGAAUCGGGACAAGGACUAGUGUCAUAACUGAGCCUACAACAAUUGUCGAUGAUGCUAAAGAACUUCAGGACCUUAAUACGCUACUUUAACUAUCUGAGGACUAUAUGGGUACUUACAUCUGGGGAUCAUAUACUAUUAUUGUUUAGCCGCCUAGUUUCCCUAUUGGGGGCAUGGAAAAUCCCCUAUUAACUUUCGCCUCACCAACAAUUAUUGUUGGAGAUGGCUCAUAAGUUUAUGUUGCUACUCAUGAGAUUGGUCACUCUUGGACUGGUAAUGAAGUCACUUGCAGAGAUUGGUCUAAUUUCUGGUUGAAUGAAGGAUUCACUGUGUUUAUCGAAAGACAUGUUUCAGCUGGAGUGCAUGGACCAGAUUUUUCUAAACUUGGAAGUCAACUUGGCAACCAAUCUGCUUGGGAUGAUAUGAAUGGAUACGGACUUAGUAACUCAUAUUCAAGUCUCUAUCCUAUAAUGAAUGGAUAGGAUCCAGAAAUAAGCUCCUCAGAAGUUCCUUAUGAAAAAGGCUUCCAGUUCUUAAAGUAUUUAGAAAAUUAAAUGGACAAGCCUGCGGAUUUCCAAGCUUUCCUAAGAUACUACGUUCAUAGAUUCCAUCUUCAAUCUGUUACUUUCUUAGAGUUAAGAAUUGCCUUUAAAGAUUUCAUAACUACUUUGUACCCAGGAGACAAAGGCACAAAUCUUCUAGCUAAAGUUAACUGGGUUGGUUGGGUCCAGACACCCGGAGCUAUUCCUAAAGACAAUGGAUUAGAUUUCACUACUGACGCUGCUACAAAAAUGACUGCAAUGGCCAACUUCUACAUUGAUAACUUUGGCUAGCAAUCUCCAACUAAUAUUGAAGAUUACACUAAGGCUGUUGAUCCUCAAAUUAAAACUGUUUUCUAAAAUCAACUGCUUAGCAGAUAAUCUGAUGUCACCUAUGAUGUGCUUGACAGAAUUGACAAAGAUUUGAAUACAACUCUAGAUAUUAACCCAGAAAUCGGUUAAAGAUGGUUCCCAUUAUGUAUUGCAGUUGGCUACGAUAAAUGCCUUGAUGCAGCUCAUAAGUUUGUUGGAAGAAUAGGAAGACAAAAAUAUAUUUUACCUAUCUACUAGAACUUAGUUAGAUAUGGAAAGAGAAACCUUGCUUAUCAGUGGUUCAAGGAAUCUCAAACAUUUUAUCAUCCAAUCACAGCUAAGAAAAUACUCAAUAUUAUCCUUUCUUCUGCUGAGAAUGAUAAAGUUGUUGAAAAACAAAUUUCCAAAUUCCUUAACUGA